AUGUCUAUAAAUGGAAUCAUUGUCACAGAUGUCAUUUUGGAGGGUUGGAUCUGUGCUCAUAUGAACUUUCUGGCGAGAUUGAAUAAAGUUAAACUUUUAGAAGCCAUGGCAAUAUUUUUUGAAAGAUCUAGUAGAUCUGGCAAUGACGAGAUGCAUGUAACUGGAGAAGUUGUUCGAAGAUGUGGACUUUGUCAAGAAUCAGACAUGGUGCUUAGGAAAAAUCGAGAUGGCAAUUUUAUGGUUGGAUGUUUGGGUUACCCUCAGUGUAGAAAUGCUGUUUGGCUCCCUGGAUCACUAUCAGAAGCAGUUGUGACCACCAAUACAUGCAAUAUUUGUACUCCUGGUCCUGUUUACUUAAUUCAGUUCAAGUUUAGGCAGCUCGAAAUUCCACCAAACUACAGUGCCAAUCAUUUGGGUUGCAUUGGUGGCUGUGAUGAGAUUCUGGCACAGUUGACAGAAAUAUGUGGUAGGGGCUCUCGCAUGCCAGCAAGACCUCGAGGUCCAACUGCACCAACCAGCAAUGUCCAUCAUACAAACCCCAGGCAAGGAGCUUGCGUGAACUGUCAAGAAACAGGACAUUCUUCUUAUGACUGUCCUUUACGUACUGGGAAUGUUCGACAGCGUGGAAUGAGUGAAAAUAAUGGGGAAGCUUCUGUUUCAUGCAAUUCGUGUGGAACACCAUGUGUUUUGAGAACUGCGAAUACUGCAAAUAACAGGGGAAGGAAGUUCUAUUCAUGUCAAUCACAGGAAUGCAACUUUUUUGUGUGGGAGGAUAGCCUCAAUGAUGCCACUGGAGGCAGAAGUGCCACACGUUCAAAUAGUAUUCCAUCCUCCAAUUCUAGACAAAGUGGUGGACGUGGAUCUCGUGGUAGAGGUGGCCGGACUGGAGCUAAUACCGCUAGCACAACAUUUGUGUCAGCGACCGGAGAUCCUAUUUCUGGUAGAAGAUGUUUUAGGUGUGGUGAUCCAUCUCACUUUGCAAAUGUCUGUCCCAAUCGUGGUGUCUGA